CAUUUCGCAGCAGCAGACACACCCGACGCACCACAGGACGCAGCAGGAAAGGCUUGCACUGCUCAACAUGCUUCAAAGGCUGGGCCUCACGAAGGCGUCGGUCAAUGGCGCCAAUGGCACGGAAGGCGCCAAUGGCGAAGCCAAGAGAGAGGUGGUAUCUGUGCCCCCAGUGGAAGAAUUCGAACAUGCCCGCUUCUUGAAGGUGGUUUGUCGGGAAAGGGUUGCCGUGAGAGCAAGCCCGAGUCAACCGGCACCCGAGAAUGGCCAAUCGUUCGGAUUCGGGGACGUCUUGGAGGUACGCGGCUUGGCGGUGGCGGUGCCAGAAGGCGUUGUGGUAGAACUCAAGCAGCCGCAACGCGGCUUCGUGUUUCAGAAGCACGGCGAUCGAACUCUCCUGGAAGAAGUCGAAGCCUUGAAGGUGGAAGAGGGCGACUGGUGGUACCGUGUCGUGCAUCCCGCCGGCGCUCGGUUCGCCAAGAUCCCCAGCUUGCUGCCGCAGACCCCGCGACACACGAUCGCUGUGCCUCAGAAUACUGUGGUGCAUGCGUGCCGAAGGCACACGCCCCCCGGAAGCAGCGUGACUUUCGUCGAGCUGUCGGACAACAAGGGCUGGAUUGUUGAGUCCACCAAGGAGAAAGCGGUGCUCGAACAGUCUUCGGACGGAAAGUACAUGGUGGAGAACAUCACAGGGCGCUACCGGGAUGACUCCGAGGCGUGGUAUCAGGUGGUGGACAAGUCUGGCGUAGAGCUACUGGAGGCACCAGACGCUGGCAGCACCAGAAUGCUAGAGCUGUUCCUGCCGGGGAAGGCGUUCUGCGUGUCGGAGCGGUUUCAGCCCCCCGAUCAGGGUUCCACGUUCCUGAAGGUGAAGGGUAGGGAGGCGUGGGUUGUGCAGCGGGCUGAGAGCGAUGGCGAAGAAGCCUGCAAGAAGCUUCCCCCUCCGAUGGACGAGGCGGUGGAACAGUGGUAUCGCGUGCAGUACCCGGGAGGGGUUCGGUUGCGAGCAUCCCCUGCAUUUGAGCACACCGACCCUUCUCUCGGGGUCCUCGUGUGCGGGUGGGUGUUCCUAGCGACAAGGUGCUACCGUGCACCGGGGAGUAGCCACAUGCUGUUGCAGGUAGCCACGCCAGAGGGCGUCGUGCGAGACUCUUCCUCCGAGUAUGGGGAAACCGUUGACGUGCACGGCAGCAGCAGUGAUGAUAGCGAUGGGGACAACGAGGACGAGAUUGAGCAAGCAAGAAGGGCGGCGAGGCGGCACUGCGGUUGGGUACCGUCCACUUCCAACGGGGAAGAGGUGGUGGCCGAAACCAUGGAGCCGUGGAUAGAGCGAGGACUCUUCCCUUACCAGGCAUGUGGCAUACAAGUCGUCGUAGACGAGACCCUGUUGGCAAAGACCGGGCCGCACAUUAACGCGCCAGGAAGCCCCCAGCAGCUUCCCCCCUACAGCGUGGCCGCUGCGGCCACGUUCUUGGAGACGGGCGACGGUCUCGAGGGCUUCGUGCAGCUGGCGGGGACGGGGAGCUGGGUCCUCUCUAGGCGCGGCCAAGACACCAAGAUGGUGCGCCUCCCGGCCUUCCCGAGAGUUGACAAGACCCCGAGACGUUUUGUUGUGUCGGCGCCCGGCGGGGUCGAGACCGUCGUUGGCCCGAGCCCCUCCGCCCCCCGCACGGGGCAGCUUCUGCCCCUCGGAGCGGAGGGUAGCUCGGAGAUGGUGUGGUCGGUCAAGGGCUGGCCCGGGGACAGGGGGAUGGGGGACAGGAGGUUCGUUCUGCUCGAAGGGAUGGGGUGGGUGCAGCUGGAUGCCGGGACCGAGGAGGGCGGGCCGUUACGGGAGAUCGGCGCGCCGCCGCCGCCGUCGCCUUUCGACGGGGUUAGGGAGGGUGCGGUUGACGAGCAGCAGCAGCAGGAGGAGAACGGGUCGUCAAGCCCUUGAGUUGAUUCAUUAGCGAGGGACUAGAGCACGCGGGCGCAUUGCGGUUCGGAAUCUACAUAUGCGUACAAGUUGCUCGACCUAGUUUUAUUUCUAGGUUAGUAUUAAAAAAUUGGGAAUUUGGGAGGAACUUAUAUGUCAAGUUGACCGAGGGACACCCGGUUCAUACUUGUCCGUUGUUUACCAUGGUUCCUUACCGUGGUUCGAGAAAGGUCAUCGCACGACGAUCCUGUGUUUGGUUAGUGUAUAAUGUUCCCAUCAUUCCGUGUGGUAGUUGGACUCGAACUUGGCUGCGCUGCCAGAACCGCCGAUGAUAAUCGUCACAUCGGUGCCUUGGUUAAUGAAGAAGGGGCGCGUCAUCGCUUUCUUUACC